AUGAAUCUUGAAAAAUCUAAGAGCGGUGGCUUUCCACAGCGAGGCUGGGCUCACACCCAGCCCUUGGUUCUGAAGGUGAAAUUGCUGAAGUUGGUACAGAAGGGUAAGGUCUCCCCUGCACACUGCAAAUACUCCCCCACGAGCCCAGAAGCUUCUUGUAAACCUGCUGCUCCCAAGCCUGUGGAUACACAGCAGACAGCUCCCGGAGCAGAGGCCGCAGGACACAAGGCAGCAGUAUCAGAGAGUGGGGCUUCUCACUCUUCCACCCUGAGAGCCACUCCACCGGCCUGGUGGCACAACAAAGGCGGGAGAGAUGAUGCUGCGCCACAUGCAGCUCUGGAUAGUUGCUGUCAUAAAGACACCGAUGACAUCAGCAUCAGCUUGUGGGAAGAUGGCAGUGACAGCAGCUGCAGAGAUGGAAGAGUCAAGUCUUCUAAGGAAGAAACCUGUCCUCCACAAGCACAGGAUUUGAGAACCCGAGACACAACACCUCUAAGAAAUACUGUGUUGCAGAGAAAGCAGGCUCUGUUGGAGGAGACUUGGGGUCGAGGUCUGUGCUUCUCCCAGUGGGAUGAAGAAAUCGUGGCUACCUGGAUGGAGAUCUGCCUGAAGAUGCCGGAUGCAUCAGCUGCCUGCCAGGCCAAUGGGAUCAGUGGUUCUGACAUCUUGACAAUGACGGAUGCACAACUGAUCAGAAAUCUCCAAAUAGUGAAACCACUCCAUCUGUUGAAAUUAAAGCUGGCAAUCCAGGUUAUCACCAGACAACAGCCCUCUGCUCCUCCAUGAAGGAGGAAGGUCCAGAAGAAGUGGCUCCUCUUCCUUCCUUUCUGAGCCUCGACCAGCUCCAGCUGCCUCUCACCGCUGCAGAGCCUUCCUGUGCAGGGUUCUCCGAGCCG